CAUCACCAUCCAAUUACAUCGUUUUCUUCGUCAAAAAAAUUCAAUUCUCUUAAAAAACUCUCAACAAGAAUCUUCUUCUCUUCUUCAAUCGAACGCCCAGCGAUCAUGGCUCAAACAGAUCUCAAUCAGCCCAAACUCGACAUGGUAAUUGGAACCUUCUUAUCGAUUUUUUUCGUCUCAAAUCUUCGGUUCUUUGAUUUGAUUGUUGUUUGUUAUUGGGAAACAUGUGCAUUAGCAGUGACAUUAGCAGUAGAGAACAAUCUGUGAUUUGAUUUGUUAAUCAAAGAUAUUUAUUGAUUAAAUUUUGUAUAUAAUAUGGUGUUUGCUUAAUUUAUGUGUUGGCUAAUUUGCAUGUGUUUUUUUUUUGAAUAUUUUGUGCAGACUAAGGAGGAGAAAGAGAGGUUGAAGUAUUUGGAGUUCGUGCAAGCAGCUGCUGUUGAAGCAGUGCUUCGCUUUGCUCUGAUUUACGCGAAGGCGAAGGACAAGUCUGGUCCUUUGAAGCCAGGUGUUGAAUCCGUUGAAGGAGCUGUCAAGACUGUUGUUGGUCCUGUGUACAACAAGUACCAUGACGUCCCUGUUGAGGUUCUUAAAUACAUGGACCAGAAGGUUGACAUGUCUGUGACUGAACUCGACCGCCGUGUCCCACCAGUGGUCAAACAAGUCUCUGCCCACGCCAUCUCAGCUGCUCAGAUAGCACCCGUCGUGGCACGUGCCUUGGCCUCUGAGGUUCGACGUGCUGGCGUUGUGGAAACCGCCUCUGGGAUGGCUAAAUCCGUCUACACCAAGUACGAGCCUGCAGCUAAGGAGCUGUACGCAAGCUACGAGCCAAAAGCAGAGCAGUGUGCCGUGUCGGCUUGGAAGAAGCUGAACCAGCUUCCUCUGUUCCCAAGGUUGGCUCAAGUCGCUGUGCCAACAGCUGCUUUCUGCUCUGAGAAGUAUAAUGAUACGGUGGUGAAGGCUGCGGAGAAAGGGUACAGGGUUUCAUCGUACAUGCCUUUGGUUCCAACGGAGAGGAUCUCGAAGAUCUUCUCUGAGGAGAAGACUGAGACCGCCAAGCCUGUGGAGUUUCAGCCACUUGAUUGA